CCCUCUAACAGUAUAUACAUUUGUGUUAAUUGAAAUAAUUAGAAUGUUGUAAAAUAGAGGUAGGGGCAACUUAGUUAGCAUACGAAAUAAUAAUUGGUUAAAAUGACAUCUUAUAUAAAAUGACAAGUUAUAUCAGAUGAGGAGGAUGCUACAUUACAUUUACUAUAUAAACACCUUUUAAUGGUAUAAGUGGUAUUGCUCUACUCAAAUAGCAUACGAAUUACACCGUUAUUGUUAAGAAAUGCACAUGUCUACUCAUUUGCAUCGCAAGGUAUGAAGGUAAACACGAGGUUUUGGAUCUCGUGUUUGUGUGAUUUGACCGUAGGGGUUUUUCUAUAAAAUUGGUCAUUCCUUUUGAAUAAAUAUGUUAAUUAUUAAAUGUUUCUGCUUGAAUAAUUACCUGUACGAUUACACACAUUUGUAGCAGGCUACUAAUGCGAAUUUGGUGGAGUUCUAUAAGGAGAGUCACUAGUCAAAGAAGAAUGGGAAAUUUUGUUACAUCAGCAACUGAAAACACUUAUAAUGAGAUGGUCAGCAAGAUGGAUGGUCUAGAGCCUGAGCAACGCAACAAUGAAGCAGCAGCAAGUGUAUUUAGAAAGGUGCUUGGGCAUAGACCAGGAUACGCAAGGGGGCUAGGAGAGAUGGUCAUUCCGGAGUCGACAAGACAACGGAACACCCAAAAAGAAAGUGAAUAUCUUGCUUUAAUUGAAAAACAUAAGACAGAUGCAAAGAAUUACAAGAAAGAUGCCGACCAUUACAAGACGAAGCUUGAUCAAGUGAUGUGUGAAAUGCAAGCUCUUCAUGAGAGGCAAAAUGCUACUGAUCAGAUGGUGCAAAACUUUUUUCAGAACUUUCAUGGCAACACUGAGUCUCUCCAGUCUCGUGGAGAGACUUAGUGAGGGCCAAGAAAUCAACUUCAUGGAUUUUUUGAGUAUUUUGGGGAAAUUUUUGGUAGUGGGAGAUGGUGGUGGCCAAAUUAUAAAUGAAAGCGUAUAUAUAUA